AAGAUGAGACGAAUCAUUGCUGAAAACCCAAACUGGUCCCUGGUCCUAGUGCCCAGUUUAUCCAGUAUGUGCAUGCAAUGCAUUGUGAACAACUUUGAAGAAAAGCAAACAUAUGAACAACUCACUCCCAGCCAACAAGACUUCAUUCAGGAGAGACUGUCCCUGUCCCUGCCUCUGUGUGUGACAGCUAAUCUGAUCCCUGAUGGUGUUUACUGGAAACGAUGCUGCGAGCACAAGUGGGACCUCUGUGACGUCUCUCGUUAUGGCUACAGCUGGAGAAGGAUGUUCUUUGAGAGGCACUUGGAGAACCUCAUAGAACUUUUUAUCCCAAAUGUAACAGAGCCAAAGACUAUUCUUGAUGUGCUCCCUCUUUGUAAAAACUAUGUUAAGCGGCUCAACAUCUCUCAGCUGCUGCCGCCUAUAAAGGAUCCCCAAGAGGAGAGGGUUGAAGAGGAAAAAGAAAUAGAUGUGACUUUAAUUAAUGAGCACGAUGAGCCCUGUGUGCACCAUUUUGAUUUGGGGCUUGUGCUUAAGGAGCUGGCAAACCUGGAGGAGCUGCAUUUGGUUUAUAGAGUCAAAGAAUGUGGGAUGAACUUUGAGUGGAAUAUGUUUGAGAUGACAAAGAGAGACUGUGAAUCCCUCGCCAAGGCACUAAAGUCUUCUAAAACCCUGAAGCUUUUGCGGCUGCAUCAGAGCCACGUUGAGGAUAAAAAGUGUCGUCUGCUGGUGAAACACCUUCUGGACCACCCAUCCCUGAGGGAACUCGACUUAUCUCACAACCUAAUUGGAAAUAGUGGAGCCAGGGCUAUCGGCAAGCUCCUGACCAGGAGUCAACUGGAGAUCCUUAACUUGUGUAAUAAUAAAAUCAGCGAGCUGGGGGCCAAAGCUAUAGCUCAUGCUGUGUCCAAGAGCUCCACUCUGUUGGUUCUCAACCUGCGUCUUAACCUGGUGAGGGAUGAAGGGGGCACGGCCAUCGUCGAGGCCUUGCAGAGCAACACGACUCUGCAUCACCUGCACCUGGGAGGCAAUGAUGUGACAUGGCUCACUGCUUCUGCUCUCGCUAAGGUCCUGGAAAAGAACAAAACUCUGAAGAGCAUCAAUCUUUCCUGCAACAGUCUCAGUGAGGUCGGAGGUAAAUGUUUGGCAGAGGCGAUGUCUUACAACACGACUCUAACAGAACUCAACAUCGGCCUGACCGAAGUUGAUGAGCAGACCGCUUCCUUCAUUGACAAGGUGGUGUGCACCAACCAGCUUAGAGCGCAAGAAACAGGCUGA